AUGGUGAUUGACAGUAAUUCCUCUUCAAUUGAUAGUGUUGAUGCUAGUGGAUCGCGGCAAGCAGCGAAUUCUCAAUCACCUACAUUUUUUUAUUUGCUUGAUCCUCUAUUUUUACAAUCAUCCGAUGUUUCUGGCGUUAAUCUAGCUCACUAUGUUCUCACUGGUAUGGAAAACUAUAUCCUCUGGAGCAAAUCAAUGCGCGCUGCUUUACUUGGAAAGAACAAAAUUGGUUUUUUAGAUGGUACAUGCAAAAAUGAGAUGUAUGAAGGUCAAAUGGCAUGCUGGUGGGAGCUUGUGAAUGUGAUUGUGCUUUUCUGGAUCAUGAGCUCAAUUUUGAAGGAUUUAGUGAAUGGAAUUGUGUAUUAUUCCAAUGCUCACAAGGUUUGGAUGGACAUCAAAGAGUGUUUUGAUAAGGUGAAUGCUACCAAAAUCUAUCAUGUGCAUAGAGGAAUUGCUACACUUGUUUAA